UUUUACGUGAUAGUUGUUCUCUUUUCUUCACCCAUUUUGGCAAUUCCUAGUGGUCGAACGGAGUUAACUUAUCCAUUUCUGGAAACAUUAAGAUCUGGAGAGAAAAUAUUGACACUGCGUACCUUCGGCAAUGAUAUAGAAUUGAAACUGGAACCGGCUGGCGAUGUCAUUGCCGAUGAUUUCACUGUUAUGGACGGAAAUGGAAAAAUUCAUAAAACUGAUGUGAAAAACUUAAAAAGCAAGCUGUUUAGAAAUAAAGAAAAGGAUGCAGCUCUGUACAUCAAUGAGGAAGGACCUUUGAAAAUUAAAGGAAUGUUAACUUCCAAGUUGGGAAUCGAGCCUUAUGAAUCGCAAGAUACAGUCAGAGAUGGAAUCAAAGCUCAUCGCAUUACGGAAAUUUUAGUAGAAACAAAGCGUUUUAAUGAUGCAGUAUUCAAUUCGAAUUUGACUGUAUUUUCUGACUAUAAGGCGAGGGAAUUUAAUGCAGAUCAAUGUGUGGUAAUAGAAUAUUUAUUUGUUACGGACAGUACAGUUACGAAUCGGUAUGAAAAUGUAGAAAUACUCGAAACCUAUCUAGCUUCUAUGUUUGUUGAAGUCCAAAAUAUAAUGGAUACACUGAACCUGAAUAUGAAAGUACGGUUAAUUGGAGUUAAAACAUACACGGAUGAAAGUGAACCUUAUUUUGUGAAAGCGAGUUUAUUUCCAGGAAUAGAUAUUUUUGAAAAAAAUGUGAUUAUAAAUAAAUUUAAGAAUUAUUAUUGUAAACGUCAAUACGAUUCAUUUGUAAAUCGAGCCGAUAUAAUUUUGUUUAUUACGAGAAGAGUAAUUGGUGAAAAAAAUAAUGUUGGCUGGAUCUUUGAUAAUUUAUUAGGAUUAUCAUAUUUUGGAGGAACAUGUGAUCCUUGCAGAAAAUAUGGAGCAAUUGUAGACUUAGAUAAACUUUCCGAUACAGCCUCUAUAGUGGCUCACGAAUCAGCUCAUCUUAUUGGAAGUCCUCAUGACGGGGCGGGAGUUAAUUUAAGCCUGCCUGGCAGUCCUGAAGCCGACAAAUGUCCUGGAUCUGAUGGAUUUUUUAUGGGAAGCGAUUCCGGAAAAAACCGAAGGAAGUUUUCUACUUGUUCACUCGAAAAUAUUAAAUUUUUCUUAAACAAAAAAGAGGCCCGUUGCAUUAUUACAGAUUGUAAGAAAACUUUAUAAUGAUUUGGAUUACAAGUAAAACAUUUACAGAAUGUGAAAAAUCUAAAUAAAGAUUAUCAAUUUUGCUUUUCAUCU